AUGGUCCAGACGUUCAUAGAUGUUCCGUUCUUCUACUCGAAGAUAAUCGCAUCAUCGUCGAACACGAGUACGUCCCAGAGGCCUACGCACCACGAGAACGAUUUCAAGACCCAGUACGAUACGGGUUGUUUAUUAUCGGACGUGCUCCAGUUGGCGAAGUACCAGCACCACCUCGACCACCAGUCGAAGGCGAAUCACGACAGCCAGUCCCAGUACCCGACGAACCACCGCCAGACGAACUUCAGCCUCAGCCUGUUCAACAACGUGCCGGAGAAGCGCGCCGCCCCCAUCGUUGCCAGGAUGCACCAGAACUUGAGCCACCCGCUGCAGACUGAUUUCACGAGGUUCCUGAACGCGAGCGAAGCGAGCCAGGCUCACGACGUUCACGUCGAGAAGCCCCCAGCUGAAGCUCACUGGCAGUCAGGACGAGUCGAGGCGAACAUCACGCUCUGGAAGCACAUGGCUAAGAAGGUGAUUGACACGAUGCAGCUUGCCGGAGUUGAGGACAUGAAGCUGAUGGCACCUGCGAUCAACCAGUCUCGUAAUUCUCGUGUUCGACAAUGCGGUGCUUCACCAUAUCAGUGGACUUUCGGUAAGGACCCGAGGAUCCCCGACAGCAUCACCGACCCAGCUAACUCUGCCGUCGUACACAGCGCCAUGACCGCAGAUGCCGAGCUUGCUAAACGAGCCCGGGUACGAGCCCUCGCAGACAUGGCCUUCACCGAGUACGACAGGUCCGAGUCUCUCAAGCGCGCGAUGCUUCGAAAUUACCGACCUUGCCGAGGAGACUACGCACCGGGAGAUCGAGUGGCUUUCUGGCGUCAGGCGAAGAACAAGAAGGGCAAGCAAUACCCAGCAAGGUUCAUUGUGGCUACUGUGGUUGGCGCGACCUACGUUUGCUUCAACGGCACUGAGCAGAACUCUGCCAUUCCGAUCUACAUGUGCGAGCAGUAUACUAUUCUCGAGUCACCAGCCUACGAGGUCUACCUCAACAACAACGGCAGCUUCACUAUGACCAAGAAGGACCAGAAGGCGCUCAUUCGUGAGAUCCCCUACUCGCAGAUCCCUGCAGAUCAGCUACAUCUAUUUCGAGAAGCUCUGGCCCGUGAAUGGUCAUCUUGGCAACGUUUCUCAGCCGUGGAGGUCUUGGAUCUGAAGACGUCCAAGUCUAUCGAGAGCGACCCCGAGAAGAAGAAGCGCAUUAUUCCAUCAAGAGUCUGCUACCGCGACAAGAAUGCCGGACGUGGAGUUUCUGAGAUCGACGCCAAGGCGAGGAUCGUGGGUAUCGGCUACAACGACCCCGACAUCAUGACUCUCAGACGUGACGCACCAACACUUACGAGAGCUGGUUUUUACAUCUUGUUGCAGACGAUCUCGAGCUGGGACUUCAACUUGUUCGGAGGCGACGUUACCACAGCCUUCCUACAAGCCGAUCAGACCAAGGCCCAGCGCGACAAGCCGAUCUACCUUCGACAACCUUCUGAAGGACUUCCAGGUGUUCAACGCGGUGCUCUCCUACUUGUGCGACGUGCUAUCUAUGGUUUCGUCAAUAGCCCUCGCCUGUGGUGGCGAGAACUUCGUGACUUUCUUAUGCACAUCGGUGGCAAGCAGUGUCUGCUGGACAAGGCUCUAUUCUGUUUCUACAACAAGUCAUGUCGCAUUAUCAUGAUUAUCGGCAUCCACGUGGACGACCUCAUCGGAGGCGCAGAUGCUCGAGAAGGCUCCAAGCUCUUGGAGACCAUCCGCCAGAGGUUCACUUUUGGCAAAUGGUGGGACAACAAGUUGACCUACUGUGGCAAGCAUCUUAAGAAGAACGAGAACGGCACGAUUUUCAUCAACCAGAAGGAGUUCUGUAGUCAAUGCGUGCCGGCGCCACUGCCGCGAUGGAGAUCUGCGACGCCUGAGGCCGAGCUCACCAGCGAGGAGAAGACCAAUUUCGCGAGUGGUGUAGGAUCUUGUCAAUGGUUGAGACGAGGCCGGAUCUAG